AAGUAAUAGAAAAUGUUUUGAACGGUUUGUUUUUGGUAUCCUGUUUAUGUUUGUUUGUAUUAGACAAAGUUAAAAGCUAAAAAAAAACCUAAUUAUUUAUCCACAAUUCAGCUGUGAGAUGCGGAGAGUAAACGUACAUUAACUACUUACCGUCAUGGGCGAGCAGUUCGUCAAGGUGGCGCUCCGUAUCCGGCCCCUGCUUCCUAAAGAAAUCCUCCACAGGCACAAGGUGUGUGUGCGGGCGGUGCCGGGCUCCCCACAGGUGAUGCUCUUCCAAGACAACAAAGUCGACCCAGGAAGCAUCUUCCACUUCGACUAUGCUUUCGGACCAGCAGCCAGCCAGGAUGAGGUGUACGACACCUGCGUUCAGCCGCUGAUGGAGAACCUGCUGGACGGUUACAACGCCACCGUCUUCUGCUACGGACAGACAAGCUCAGGGAAGACGCACACACUGGGAGGGAUGAAGCUGGAUGAAGAGGGAGGAAUCAUUGAACGUGUGGCGAAGAAUGUGUUCUGGUUGCUGGAGCAGAAGAGGACGAGCAGUGAGGGUUUGAGGGCAACAGUGCGAGUCUCUUACAUGGAGCUGUAUAAGGAGGCACUGCGAGACCUGCUGGAGAUGGACAACAAUCAGAAAGUGCUACAAAUCAGAGACGAUGACAAAGGAAACACAGCUGUGGUUGGAGCCAAAGAGAUGGACGUCACCUCAGCAGAGGAGAUCCUUAGUUAUCUAGAGAUGGGCAAUGCCCAGCGCCACACUGCCAGAACAAAGAUGAACGAUCACUCCAGUCGUUCUCAUGCCAUCCUCACCCUCCAGCUCUUCCAGUCUUGCCCCGACAAGAAGUCCAUGGGCUACUCCAAGCUGUGUCUGGUUGACCUUGCGGGCUCAGAGCGCGUUGCUAAAACUGGAAACACUGGGAACAAAUUCCGAGAGUCUGUUCAUAUCAACACAGGCCUGCUCGCACUGGGCAGCGUCAUCCGUGCCCUCUGUGACCCAAGGCGUAAUCGCGGUGAUUUCUACAUACCAUAUCGUGAUGCCAAGAUCACUCGUCUCCUACGAGAUUCAUUGGGAGGCAAUGCGCAUACUGUAAUGAUCGCAUGUGUAUGCCCCUCCAAGUGCAGUGUACUUGAGACCUGCCGCGUCCUGAAUUUUGCAUCAAAGGCCCGUAACGUUCGUAAUACAUGUACACAUUUAAAAUUAAAAUUACCUAAUACCUGGGAUCCUUAUGAGGCUAAACUGGCCGAUGCUGAGUUUCGAGAUGAAACUCUGAGAGCGCUGCUGAAAGACAAAGAUGUGGAGAUUGAAAGGUUGAAGAAAUAUUGCAGAGCUGCUGGAGAGGGUAACAGCUUCACACAGCCCGGCCAGGUGGAGAUGUCUGAUGCAGAAUUGAAGUUGAGCAGAGAGGAAACAUCACAGUACCGCCUCCUGGCUCAGGAAGCUGCAACGCUGCUUGCGGAGAUUUCUGGUCCCACCCUUAGUCAUUCUUUCAGGCAGAGACAGCGGGAAUGGAAGGACAGACUGACAGCUGUCAAUCAUUCAUAUCAAACUGAGGACAAGGACUGUUCAGAGAAAGGCGAUGGCAAAUCUCAACAUGUUACCAUAGAAAAGCUCAGAGAGGAACUCUGCAACUGCAAGGAAGUUCUCGCCCGACACAAACAGCUGUUGGAGCAGAGAGAUGCAGAUCUGAGACAGCUCCAAAAAGAAAUAGAUAGACUUCUUCAAGAGAACACAGCUCACAUUCAGGCCUUGGAGGAGCAAAGUGAACGCACUCGAAUACAGACUGAACAGCUCGUGGAGCAGCACAUUCUGAUGAAUCGGCUCCGCAGCGACCUGAUGGCCGUCAGGAGUGCAACAUCAGGGGUAAGGGGGGAAUCAGGAGCCUCCUGGAACUCAGGCAGGAGACCUCAAAGUGUCCCUCUGAUGAGACACAGCUGUGGACACGGGCCCCGCAGACGGAUUCACUCCAGCCCUCCAGCUUAUUCACUGGAGAGGGUGAUGGCAGCCUUCAAGAUGCGAGGUCAUCUCCUGCUGACUGAGAUUGAAGAGAAGGAUGAGGUGUACUGUCCGUUCAUAAAACAACCGGCAGAGAGCAAAGGCAUGGAUCAAGAAAAGCAGCAGGAGGAGGAGGAGGACAUGUUGGUGGGCAGAAUGGGACUCAGGCGUUCCUUAAACCGAACAUGGACCAGCAGGCAGAAGAGAUCCGCUCUGGAAGAGAAAAAAACUGCACCAAACCAAACAUCCAAUAGAAAUCCAUCAGUGCAACCGCCUCAGGGAGCCGCAGGAAAAGACGAAGAGAACACGGAGCAAAGACAGACGAGGAAGGCGAGACUCAGAGCAAGCGUUACUCAGAGAAGGAUCCAGGAUCUGACUGUCAACAUGCGCAUGAAAGAGGAGCUCAUCAAAGAUCUAAACAAAACCGACGAGGAGACCCGAGCAGUGGACAGGCACGUCAGGCACAGCAGUGAUGACUCGGACGUGUGGAUGAGACUCUCCAUGCAGAGACAGAAGGUCCAAGCAGAGACGUACCACAGCCUGCAGCACAUAAGACUGCAGAGAGCACAGCUUCAGAGCAGCCUCGGAGAACUCCAGAGUGAGGUUAGUUGUACAAAAUACAAUUGUCAAAGAGACCUUCCCUUCUCUGCUCCUUAUUUCCCUCCUCACACCCCUCUCUCGUCUUUCCUGUAGGUUCAUGGCAGUAGUUGGCUGGAGGAAGAGGAGGAGCGGGUCCUUCAGAAAAGAGCAGAGCUGCAGGAGCUGGAGGAGGAUCUGAAGAGGAGAGAGGAGGUGCUGCUGCGCAGGGAUACCUGUCUGCAGGAGAGAAAUAAACUGGAGAUUAAGAAGCUACGCUCCAGUCAGGCUCUGAAUCAGGACCUGCUGCACGUGUCGAUGCAGCUGGAGUCUCUGGAGGAGGAGAUGAGGAGGAGCAGUGUGAGGCAGAAUGGAGGAGUCACCAGAGAGGAACUGGAGAAAGAAAGAGAAACACUUAGAAAGAGGAGAGACACCCUGGACGACCAGCUGAAGGACAACAUGGUGCUCACUGUGGAGGAGGAGCAUUUCCUGUUGGAGCUGGAGGAAGACAUUGAAGCUCUGGACGCAGCGCUGGAGUUUGAAAGCCGCUCCAUCCAGGACAAACAGAAGAAGCUGUCAGUCACAGACUCCUCUGCACAUCAGUCACAGAGCACUGAACCUGCCCAACUCUGUGACAUCGUUACAAAGUUGGGGAAACUGUCACCACCCGAGGCUUUGGAUCUUCUUGUCAAAUAUUUCAACAAGGUGGUUUAUCUGCGAGAGAUGGAGCACCGUUUGCGUUUGCACUGUGAAGAGCUGCAGAUCCACGCUGGGGAGCAAGAGGUGGCGAUGAGGGAGAUGAAGGCAGCCAUGCAGCGGCUUACUCUGGACGCAGACCGAAGGUUCAUCCAGCAGCACCGAGAUCACCAGAGCAACAUCCAGCUUCUGCUGCAGAAGCUAAAAGAGGGAGGUCCAGGAGAGGCACAGCAGGCUUUCCAGGACCGACUGCAGCAUCUGGAGAAAGAGCUUUUUUUCUACAAAAGCUCCAGCCGGCAGCUUAAAAAGAAACUCAGGGAGCUCCAAAGCGAUGCGCUACACUCAGCUGAUCAGCCUGCACACUCACAGGAGAACAGACCAACAAGCGCAAACCAACUCCAGACACACAGUGAAGACGUACGGGCAAAGACACAUGUAGUUACAACAUAUGCAAAGAUACACAGUGAAGAAACAGACAAACAGACACAAUGGCAGACCCCUUACGCCUCCUCAUCCUCCGACCUGCAAGUUUGCAAAAACACAAAAGUGCCUGAACACCAAAAACAGUCCCAGGGGCAGAGGGACAGAGGGUCCGGAUGUUUAGAAAUGGAACCUGUCCGUCUGUGUCGCAAAGAGCUGAGACAAAUCUCCCCAGAUGACCUGAAGAUCUUCGGCUCUGCCACAUGGAGGCGCCAGUCUGUUCUGGAUGUUAGCUCAGAUUCUAUUCUAGAGGACUCCAUUGAAGUGACUCAAAACACUGAUAGAUGAUGUUGUAGCAUUUUUAUUUAGUGCCUUUAGUAGAUCACUUUGCAGCA